GGUACACACACACACACACACACGGCAGCAUCCACUGCUGAUGUCAGACUCCAGUCAUGUCGACCCUCCUCAGCACCAUCAACACCAUCAUCUUUAUGGCUUUUCUACAGAGACCUAACUGAUGAUGGACCUAUUUGGCAGAGGAGAGCUGGGGCUGCUGGGAGGAGGAGAGGGGCUGAGAGAUGAUGUGGGUGUACCUGGAAUCAGCUGGUCGGCCAAUCGUCUGCCAGACGACAUGUACCCGGCAUCAGGGUUGGCUCUGGCUGCUGCUUAUCAUGACAUCAAGACCCGGCUGGCCAGUCUGGAGAGAGAGAACAGCAGCAUCAAGAGGAAACUCAAACACUACGAGGUCAAGUUUCCCAUGAUCAGUGAAUUUGGAGAGGAGAGGAUAGUAUGUUGUUCCUGUGAGCCUAUCAAGGACACUAGUGUAAUCCAAUCAGAGACCACCAACCUACAACAGAGGAUCAACUCUCUCACUCAGGAGCUUCAGAAGAGUAAAGAAAGAGAAGAGAGGCUGGAGGAAGUCAUCCAGGCGUAUGAGAAGAUUCACCUAGAGAAAAGCAAUGUCCAGAGAGACCUUGACAAGAUGACAACUCUAGCAGAGCAGCAUGUGGAGAGGAUCUGCAGUUUGGAGUCGGCUCUGAGACAGAGAGAAACUUCCAUUCAGAAACUCAGUGCUCAACUCCGCAGCAAAGACGCACAUCAGUCUCAACUCCAUACCAGCCUGGAUGUACCCAGAGAGGGACGUGGGCCGACGCUACAGAGCUCCCGCAGUCUGGACGCCCUGUCAGACCUGAAGCUGCAGCAACUUGAGGCUGAGCUGGAGGGGGCGCGGCACCAGGCCGAGGGAGCCUGUCAGAGGGAGAAGGAGCUGAGGGCUGAGCUUCAAAGGCUGCAGCAGGAGGUAGCCCAGCUACAGGAAGCACAAAGACAGUCACGGCAGCUGGCCCCACACUGUGAGCACUGUGACGUAGAAUGGAUAAAGAAAGCUGGGGAUGAACAGGUGAACCUAGCUUUAGCCUACACUGAGCUAACAGAGGAGUUAGGUCGGGUUCGCAGUCUGGCUGCAAAACAGAGUGACCUUCUACGACACGUCCCACAGGAGACUGUCUCUCGUCCUCCUCCGGGUCCUCAGCGUCUCUCCCCUCCUUCCCCCCAACGCCCCUCACUCUCCCCUGACAGGCUUCUCUCCACCCCCUCUCCUCCUCUCUCUCUAUGCGACGGCCCUGCCUCCUACUCUCAUCAGCCAACCAGCAGCCGUCUACGGGCAAAGUUCCAGGGACGCCGUAGUUACUCUGAGGUAUCUGACCCAUCAGCCAUUCAGAGGCCCCCAGCAAGGCUGAUGAGAGACCCAGUAUCCACCCUCCCUAAGCCCAGGCCCCUCCUGGGCGAGACGCAGGGUUACAGCCAAACCAAACCUCAGCUCCGAACCUCUUUGGUGGGUCUGGUUAGACCGGCCUCAGCUCACGGAGCAGGAGGGGAGAGAGGAGGGGGAGGGGGAGGAGAGAGAGGUGGGGGCAGCAGUCUGAGCAGCAGUCCUCAUCACUGUGCUCUAGACCUGGGCUUCCCAAUGGCCGAGGUGCAUCACUUCUGUCGCCUUGACGACCCACCUGAGCCCACCCCACUGGUGACACCGCCACAGUCUUCUGAUGAUGAAGAGGAUGUAUGUACGUAUCUAUCGCCGGCUGCCAGCCCACCUCGGACUCUGGGCGCAAUUGGGAUUGGCUCAUCAUCAUCAUCUAGAGAACAGCCCCUCCACCCCUCUUUCCCAUCUCCAAGGAAACAGCCCCACCAUCCCUCCUUCUCAGCCCCUGAGGGCCCUGCCACCCUUUCCUGCCAUCUGCCUGCCUACAUGAACACAGAGCAUGCUCAGUCAUGGCCUUCUAUUAACUUAUGGAUGGAGUCAGAAGAGAGUGCUGUUCGUAGCUGUCCUCUGUGUCAACUGACCUUCCCAACUGGUUACCCUGACGAUGCCCUCAUCAAACAUAUUGACUCCCACUUGGAGAACAGCAAGAUCUGACUUCUUUUUCUUUUUUUUUUAAAUCAUGGAUUUGCCACCCAUUUUCACCAGAGAUGGAUACCAGGCCUAUCUUGAUUAUUUUCUAUUUAGUUUUAGUCCAGAAAUGGUUUAAUGAGCCUGCAUGUGUUUUUCAGUGCUGCCUAUGGAACUCACUGAGCCCCAGUUACAUAGCAAGCUUGUUUCCUAGCCCCAGGGCUCAAAUGUUUAUCAUUGAAUUUCCAAGUUGUAAAUCUCUUCAUCUUUAUUCACCAUGGACAUGCAUACAUUACUAACAUCUCUCACACAGAACCAUAUCAACAAUUCUGUAUCAAAUGGUUGUUUUUCUUUUUCCAUAAGAAAACUCUUCAUUUGUACAUAGACCUGAGUGCUGAGGAAAAAGCAGUGCUGUAUAUCUCAGAUUCACAGGAGCUGCUGAAGCUCUCAUGGUAACCUCAAGUAUGCCAGUCUGAGAGACGCCUUGGAGAUGGGAGGUGUGCUGGAAAACAUCUGACACAUGUCAAAAGCACCUGUUGUUUUCAUGUCCCAGCAUGCAUCAAAGCACCUGGAUGUCACUGCUCUAAUGUGGUUUUGGAGGAUUAAUAUGAAAAAAAUCUGAAGAUUUCCAGACCUGUAAUGAACUCUAAUUAUUCUGAGGUCAUGUAAACAGUAAAAGUAGACAGCAAAAGUAACAAUCACUUGUUCAUUUGGAUGUGAUGACAAAACACGAGCACUCUAUGUGACACAAGCUAUAGAACAAGCAAUGGUCAAAGGACAGAUUAAAGAAUACAGUAAAUACGUCUGGACACUGAUGACAGUAAAUGGAGCUAAUCUACUGACUAGUGGAGUUCCAAAGCAAAUUAUAGGUAAAGUCAAAUGGGUGAAAUGCUCCAAAGGUAAAAAUGUGAUCCAAAAAAAAAAAAGGAACUACAGAAACAAAGCACCUACUGCCAUCUUCUGGUGUAAUGAAAGUGCCUUGCUUAAACCACAACCAUUAUUUUGAAAAGGCAGAAAGCUAUGGAGGCCCAUAUUUCUCACAGUGUAAUACAGUAUCAUGUAAUAUUUCAAAAUCAAUCUCUCUUCUGUUACAAUUAUAAGGGAGUAUUUGGAGUUAUGAAAAAUCUUAUAUCUAUCUAUCUAUCUAUAUAUAUAUCUAUAUAUAUAUAAGCCUAUUACCUCCCUUGUAUGGGUCUAUAAAGGAAAUGGCAAGAAAUGAAAUGAUAAGGCGUAACAUGUUUUACAUACCUGUUUCAACACAUUUUUACACUAGAAACAUUCCACACUCAUUACUUUAUAUAAUUGGUUUUUGGCAGCUCCAGAUGUUUCUGAAACUACAGUAAAAGGCAAUGAUCAACCACCUGCAGUGACACCAGAGAAAACAUCACAUUAAACACAUCAUCAUGUCAUCAUUAUCAUCACAUAUCCAUUACAUCUGGGCUACUGCACCAUAAAGGCAGAUAUUUUGAUUCUUAGCUGUUAGUGUUUUAAGGAUGAAAGCCAAACCUACUAAGCAAAAAAUGUGAGAAUCUAAUAAUAAUGAAGCAAAAAUAAUCUUCACUAUAACUACACAGUGAGUCACUCCUGGGACAGGAGAGAUUUUACACAUGGCUCUUGUUCAGAUGGAUUUACACUAUGAGCGGCAGCAGAUUCACUGCCUUGCUUGAGAACACGUCAACAGAACACUUAGUCGUGACUGAACACACAUCAGCUGCUGGGAAAUCAAGGUGGAGGCGUCCCGAAUUCUCACUGAUUCACUGAGUUUUUCUCCCACAAAACCAACAGAGAGCUAUGGGAGGACAGCGCUGACUCCAGAUCAGCCUCUGAGUGAAUACAACCUCAUUCCUCGCAAGUGUCUGACAAGUUAAGACCUCAUCAAGCUGCCAGUUUAAGAUGGGAACUCUGGACCUCUGUGUGUGUCUGUAAUGCAGUUAGUGUAGAACAUAUUUGUAAACUGUGUAGGUUAGAUACCAAAGAAUGAAAAGGUAUAUUCUCUGACUUUCCCCCUAGUUAAGUGAAUUACGUGGCAUUCAAGAUCCUAUGAUUCAGUGGAUGGAGGUAGUUAAUUCCAUCUGUUCAUGAAAGCCAUGUGAUAUGGUUGAAAGUUCUAGAAAAGGCUGGUAAGCAGACCUUCAGUUGAAAAUGUUUUUGUCAAAUCUAUUUAACUUUCAUCUUAGUUUAACUUGUUUUGAAGUGUCUGGGAUAUUGCCCCUGCUCCAGUACAGUGGAGAUUAAUAACAUUUCAGUCAUGGAUCUCACAGCAUCACUGAUUGCCAUUUACUCUGGAUAAUCCACAGAUUUUACAGUGCACUGUCACUGAAACCACUCUCUGCUCAAAAAUUAGUCCCCAAGGACAAACCCUCAUUACUUCAAAUCAGAUGCUGUGUGUUUGUUUGAAUGCUGCCCACUGUAUUUCAUUGGCCUCAGUAUGAUGAUCUGUGGUGAAUUACAACAUCCGCAAUCAUCUGAAUGUGAUGCUCUUCCCAUGGCCUGCAUGAGAUGUCUGCCCCAGAGGCACUGGGUUUUCUCUAAGUGUGUCACUUAUUUGGGACAAAUCACAUCUGUGGAUCUUCUCAAUACUACAUUCAGUAUAUUAAUGAGAAUGAAUACUGGAAUACUUUGCAUUUAAAGUUUUCUGUAUCAUGAUCUGAAUUACAGAACCAGGACUUUGUGAGUAUGAGUUGCCCUAAACAAAAAAUAUGGACUUGACACACUUGAUUUUUGAGUGCAGGUGCAUUGGUGUACAUAGUAAUAUAAUGUACAAUAUUAUACUCAUUGAAUUCCUACAUUGUACAUACAGUGCAAAUACUAGGUUAGGGCUAUAACAAUGGGAAAUCAUUUCAGGACUUUAUGGACAUGUUCCUCCAAAAUGUUUAAACCUUUGUCACUUUAACCUCCUGGAACAUGAUGAAGGGAGGAGGGUUUUUCUUUUAGAUAGCAGCUGGCUCUUUUAUUUUGGGUGCUAUGUAUUUGGUUCUCUCUUGAACUAAGGCUCCAUUAACACUGCAGCUGACACUGUCUAAGAUCAGUUCUUCUAUUCUAUUACGAGUUAGAAUCAGUCUUUGAUAACAACUAUUAUUUAUUUAACCAUUGUGCAUCCUAAGUGACAUUUUUGUUCAUUUUAUUGUCAAUUUUUCAAUCAUUUAGACUCUGUUAAUACAUAUGGCAAAAAAAAAAAAAAAAAAUGAGUUGUGAAUUUUUUCUAUGAAUUUUAGAACUUAAACCUCAGCUCCUAUAAUACGUCUAAAAUACACUGUAUACACAAAGUUGUUUAAGAGCCUUAACGACAAGAAUGUCCCCAUUGAAGUCCAUUAAAUUUAACAACACCUAAUACGCUACACUUAAUUCUGGAGUCCUGGUCCACAUAUAUGUAGGGACUGAUGUUUCAAAAAAAAAAUUACUCCUUGAAAGUGCAAAAUAAUAUUAAUAUGUAAUAUUUUCAUAGCAGUUUUUUUCACACUGACAUUUUUGUUGUCUAAGGACCUCAGUGUAACUCAGUGUAACUUUUCUCAAAGAUACACACAAGUGACGCAGUAAUGUGAAGCAGCAUGAAAUACAGAGUUAGCAUUAGCAGUGAUGGAUAGACAGAAAUGCAAUGAUAUUUAAAGAAAAGAAACCAGGGAAACCUGAAAUUAUGAACAUGGGGAUUUUGAUAACAUGGGAAAGUAGAAGUGACAGAGAAAAUAUGAACAGCGGGAAAUAGCAGCCAUUCAACCACUGAGGAAGAAAAGCAACAUGUGAGGCAGCAGCUCUUCCUUUUUGAAAUUUUUCCAAAGCUUCAUUAAAAAUCUGACCUCAUAUUGAAGAAGAACUUUGGAGGCACAUAAUGAAGCCUGCAGUGUGGAUGGAGCCUAAAGCCUGAACAUGCUUUUGCAUCUGCAAGUCUGCUGCACUAUGCAGACAUUCACCCAGGUGAUGUAAUAUGUGCAGUGCUUUCACAUUUACAAAAGGAGGGCAGGAUGUUUGGGGAAUAAAGAAGCAAACCCAACACAGAAACCUAUAAAGUCAAAGAACUCUGUACUGUCUGUUCUUCCACAGCUGAACAUUUGGGUAAACUGUUGAGAAUUGGUGUUACCUGUACAUUCAGGUUUACAGAUCCAUGUAGUGCACAUGUUACUUGAGUCCAGACUUGUAGAUAUAGCUUGAAGUUUUCAGGUGUUGGGAGGGGAAGCUGCCAUUGUGGUGCUGGUUGCAUUCAAGGUCCCAGAGGAGAUUUCAGAGAAUCAAAUACGACAGGAACCCCAUCACUAUAUCACAACUGUUUUACCUUUUACUUUUUUGGAGACAUAAUUGAAUUUUUACAGUAUUUUUUGUGGUUAAUAUUAUUGUAGAUUGCAGUUAUCACUGAGCGAUAUUUACUCUUUUAGGGUUUGUUAAAUGAGGAUUUGAACGCAGCCAGCAGGAGGCACUCUUUGGUCCCUUCCCCUGUGCAUUGACAUGAAUACCUCACUGUUACUUCUCUGUUUACAACAUCAGCAGGAGAGCAGAGUGAAGGCUUUUCAAACAAUAAAUCAUUUGUUAAAACUGUG